CAGUAAAAAUAAAAAUAAAACGUUAUAUUUGAUUGGUUAAAUUAUCAUAUACAAUGCACAAUAUAAACCCCAGUUUUAAUCAGUAAAAUAAGUACUACCAGUUUAGAAUGUCCUAGUUUACUGAUAUUUUGUUCCCAUAUGAUGCAUUGCAUAGUUUUAACCAAAGAGUAUCCCUACUCUUUGGUUUUAAUAAUACAUCAUUAACACUGAUACCUAAUGCCUUAUGUCAUAUUUGUAUUAUGUACCAGCUGUUUUAUGUCUAUACACACAAAUAAGUAAUGGUGAAAGGAGAACAUUGGGAUUAAUAUAAUACUAUAAUGCCACAGUAUUUGGUUUUUAUAUCUGUACUUAAUCACAGGUGGUCAAGGAAAUAACUUAUAUAUAUAUAUAUUUACGGACGGUAUUAAGUCUUUUGAGACUGUAAAACAAUAAUGUACUGAGGACUUUGUCAAUCGUUUCAUAGACGUGGUUUACUGAACAUGGUCAUUGAAAGCUUUUACACCUGUUAAAUUCGAUAACGUUAAAAGAAAUUUACUUUGAUUAUUUAUCAACAUGUAAAUAACUAGUGCUUUAAAUGUAUAUAAAUUAUCAAGAGAAAAUUUGUUGAGACAUUGUUGCUGCUUUGUAUAUAGUACUUUUUACCAUGUCAUAUUCUAUAAAUAGAAGACCUUUGCUAGGAGGUGUAUCAGACAGUGAAUUUGAAGAUGAUUUAGAAACUGAAGCUGAUGAUCCAAAUAUUUCUGUUCCAGAUGAAAAACCAUUCUUAAAUCAAUAUGAACCGAGCGAUAAAUAUAAUCUUGCAUAUAUCGUUUUUUAUGUACUUGGUAUAAAUACAUUAAUUCCUUGGAGCUUUUUCAUCACAGCUGAUGAUUAUUGGUUGUAUAAAUUUCGAGAGAUACAGAAAAAUUCUACAAAAGGUAUUAAUUACACUCAUAUGGAAAAUUUAGAAAAAAAAACUGAUCUCCAAGCUAGUUUUACAUCAUAUAUAAGUGUAGCAAGUGCACUACCAAAUACAUUUUUUUUAAUUGUAAAUGCAUUUAUUAGUAAAAGAAUUCCCUUAAGAGUAAGAAUGGUGGGCUCUCAAUGCACAAUAUUAUUAUUUUUUAUUCUAACAACAAUGUUUGUUAAAAUAAAUACGGACAAAUGGCAGGGAACAUUUUUAAUAAUUACCUUGAUCACAGUGGCAUGUGUCAAUGCUGCAAGUGCAAUUUUUGGAGGGAGUUUAAUGGGUAUUGCUGGACGCUUUUCUCCAAAAUAUAUAACAGCUAUGUCAAGUGGGCAAGCUCUUGGAGGAAUUAUUACUGCUACAGCAGAAAUAUGUUCUCUUUGGAUUGGUGCUAGUCCUGUACUUUCAGGUCUAGUUUAUUUUAUAAUUGGAGAUGUUAUAUUGUUCUUAUCUUUGAUUGCAUAUAUAAUUCUAGAAAAAGCAGUAUUCUUCAGAUAUCAUAUGGUAGAAAAAUUGUCUGAAAAUGUAGAAGCAGAUUAUUCAAUAACUGGAGAAGUAACUUUUUCGCAAGGCACUACAAUAUCUUAUAUGCGUAUUAUUAAAAGAAUUUGGCAUUAUGGUAUUAAUGUAUUUCUAGUAUUUUUGAUAUCCUUUUCUGUAUACCCUGCACUUACUGUGUUAGUGGACAGUCAGUAUAAAGGCAAAGGUUAUGUAUGGAAUGAUAUCUAUUUUGUACCUGUGGUGACCUACCUCAUUUUUAGUUGUGGUGAUUAUACUGGAAGAAUAUUAUCAGGCAUUUUUCAAUGGCCAAAAAAUAAACCAUGGCAAGUCGUAUUUUUAAGUCUGAUGAGAGUCAUCUUUGUACCAGCUUUUAUAUUUUGUAAUGCUCAGCCUCGACAUCAUCUUUCUGUUUAUAUUCAUAAUGAUCUUUAUUAUAUUUUAAUGACUGUUGCAUUUGCCAUCAGUAAUGGCUAUCUAUGUAAUUUAUCGUUUAUUUUAACUCCUAUGGUUGUAGAUUCUCAAGAGAAGGAAAUCGCAUGUAUUAUGAUGGGAGCUUUCCUUGGUAUAGGAUUGAUAUCAGGUUCUGCACUCAGUUUGCUUAUAGUUAAAGCACUUUAAUUGUACAAUUUGUGUCUGAACCAAAGGAAUAUAUAAAUACUGCCCUCUAUAUUAAAAUAAAACAGGACCACAAGACACAAUAUUGGAUCAAAUUAAAUAAUUUUAUUUUAUACUUUAUGACAAAAUUUAUGAAUGUAAUGUUUGAUAUAUCAUAGUAAAUUAUUUUUGAAGCUUUCUUUAAAUAUUUAUAUAGUAAAAUUUGAUCAGUUUAUGAACAUAGAAAAUGUUUUGUGUAUAGAAUGGAAAUAAUUGUAUGUGCCAAAUUACAUCUAAUAGAUCUCAAAUGCUGAUACAUAAAGACUUAAUUGAUUGC